AAAUUUUUUUUAAGGUAACAUGAAAUACAGCACGUAGAUUUGUAGCGACAUUGAAAGAAAAGCUUCGAUAAAUCAGCAGAUUUUGUCUCCCGUUGAUUAGCGCCAUCGUCUAAGGGAUGAAUUGUCUGCCGGCGCUAGGACUUUUCGAACGGUCUGCCUGCCUGGAGUCAGUCGACAGCGCUGUUCGCCUCGAUUGCCGCUGUUUAGUGUUUUGCUGUGCUGUGUGGGGAAGUAUGUGCUUUUAUUGUUUUAAGUACUGAAGCUGUGAAGUGCGUCUAGCUGUGCGAUGGGGCACCAAAAGUGCCUGAUAGGAUUGCUGCUUGCCCUAGCAGGGCUUGAGGGUACUCUCUCGAUAGCCGUGAUGUCUGUUGAUCUCGGGUCGGAAUGGAUGAAGAUUGCUGUCGUGUCACCAGGCAUGCCUAUGGAAAUCUGUCUUAAUCGUGACUCACAACGAAAAACGCCUGUGGUUGUGGCAUUCAGAGAUGGCGAACGCCAAUUUGGCGAUAUGGCUUUAACUACACAGAUUAAGUUUCCGUCUAAAGCAUUCUCAAACUUCUUAGAUCUUUUGGGGAAGCCGAUUGAUCAUCCAGUGGUGAAAGAUUACUCUAAGAAAUUCCCUUUUCACAAGAUAAGUGCAGAUGAAAACACCAAAGGAGUUUUGUUCGCUCAUCCUGAGGGAAUGACGUACACUGUCGAGGAACUCGUAGCCAUGAUGCUUAAACAAGCUCAGGCCAUUGCUCAAACCACGACAGGACAACCAAUCAAGGAUGCAGUGAUCACUGUGCCUCCUUUCUUCAACCAAGCAGAACGUAGAGCUCUAAGUCGUGCCGCGAAGAUUGCCGGCAUCAACCUGUUGCAGUUGAUCAACGACAAUACAGCUGUCGCCCUCAACUAUGGCGUUUUCCGACGGAAUGAAUUCAACGCGACUCCUACGAAUAUACUCUUCUAUGAUAUGGGCACAGGGAGCACGACGGCUACAGUUGUCUCGUUUCAGGUGGGAAAAACGAAGGAUCGCGGUUAUGUCGAGACGGCACCGAUCAUGACUGUCAGAGGGGUGGGUUUCAAUCGUAACCUUGGAGGUUUAGAAUUUAAGCUUCGUCUAGGUGAGCACUUGGCCAAUAAGUUUGAUGAACUAAAACAAGCGUCGAAGAAGGUUCGCGAAAAUCCAAGAGCUGUGUUCAAAUUGUACAAGGAAGCUGAACGUGUUAAAAAAAUUUUGAGUGCCAAUACUGAGAUUAAUGCCCAGGUGGAAAAUGUAAUGGAAGAUAUCGACCUUAAGGUCCAAGUCACUCGACAGGAGUUUGAAGACAUGUGCGCGGAUUUGUUUGCUCGCGUCACUCAACCCAUAGACGAUGCCCUGGUUAGCUCUCAAAUAUCACUCGAGGAAAUCAGUCAGGUGAUCGUUGUUGGAGGAAACACGCGUAUUCCCAAAAUUCAGAUGAUCCUUGAAGAGUACCUUCAAGGAAAAGGGCUAGGUAAAAGCAUUAACGCUGACGAGGCGGCGGCCAUGGGUGGUGCUUAUCAGGCUGCGUAUCUUUCGAAGGGUUUCAAGGUGAAGACAUUUGUUACAAAGGAUGCUAACCUUUACCCCAUUCAAGUUGAAUUUAGCCGUGACGGUACCAAAAAUAUCCAAAGAGUGGUCUUCAAUAGAAACAACGAAUUUCCUAAGAAGAAAACCAUCCUGGCUGCGAGAAUGCAGAACGAUUUCUACGUCUAUGUCAAUUACGGUGAUCUUACCUUUCUCUCCAAAAACGAUCAGAUUAUGAUGGGUAAGACCUCAAAUAUUUCAUCGGUUCUGAUCAAGGGGGUACCGGAUGCAUUAAAAAAGCACAUCAGUACUGAGGUUGAGCCCAAAGGGGUUCGAAUCCAGAUGAAAAUGGAUGAUUCAGGCAUGUUCCACAUUGAGCAAGCCGAAACUUUGUUUGAGAAAGAGGCUAUCGAAGAGGAGGAAAGUACCCUAAGUAAAAUUGGAUCCACUCUCGGCAAGUUGUUCGGCGGUGGAGAUGCUGGCGAGACAAAGGAAACCCCUCUUGUGGAAGGCUCUAAGGACUCAAAGGAAGAAACAAGCAAAGAGCCAAGCAAGAGCAAAGAAGAAGCUGAAAUAACAAGGGAAGGCCCAAAAUAUCAGGAAAGGACCAAGGAAGAGAAGAAAACUGGAGAAGAUAAACCUGAGGGAAAAAAAUCCGACGAAAAGUCUGAGGAGAAAUCUGAAAGUCAGAGUAAAACCGAGGAGAAAAAGGAGGCGGACAAGGAUACAAAGAAGACUGGCAAAAAAGUUGAAGUUAGGGAACCCCUUGAGAGAAAACAAAUAUCGUUGGAUAUGCCAAGUAUUAGUGACGACAAACUUGAGCCAUCGAUUAACAAGCUCCAGGAACUCGAAAACCAGGACAAGGCACGCUUGGCUCUUGACAAAGCAAGAAACGCCCUUGAAGCAUUUAUCCAUGAGACCAAGCAUAAGCUAUCAACAGACGAAUACAAACAAGCUUCAAAAGAAGACGAGCGAAUAAAGAUUUUAGAGGCACUAACCAAGGAACACGAAUGGCUUGAGUACGAAUCUGAUGGCGCCGAUACAGAGACUCUGAAAGGCAAACUUGCCUCGCUCGCCGCAAUCACUAAAGAAAUCAUUGACCGAGUCAACGAGCACCGCGAACGUCCACAAGCUAUUGAAUCGCUUGAAAGACUUCAGAAACUAUCCUCAGAUUACCUAGAAGAAUUAGAAAAGAUCCCUGAAGAUGAAAGUGUAUUUACAGCUGUUGAACUCGAAACACUAGCUAAGGUAAUCAAAGAGAGCAAAGAAUGGUUAAUCGAACAUAAGACGAUUCAGGCUAAGACUCAACUGCAUGAAACGCCCGUCUUAUCGAUGAGGUCUAUCUUUGAGAAGAUUCAGGUGCUCGACCGAGAAACAAAGUACCUCAUGAAUAAAGCCCGUUACGCCCCGUCGAAAAAGCUAAGGAUGGAAGAAAAGGACAAGCAAAAGUUAGCCGAUGAACAGGCACCUGAUGACGACUCAGUUGCCGGUGAUGAUAUAUCCGCGGAUCAGAAGAUCCUGGAGGAGAUAUUGCCCCAGGGGGAUAAGGUAGUCGAUGUAAAGGAAGGCGCCGAUAAGACCAAAUUACCCAGUUUGAAUGAGCCUGAGCCCUCAGUAACGAAGCAAGAUACCCACGGUGAACUCUAGUAUGUUUUCAAUUUUUAGCAGGUUAAAAAUUCAUAUGGAAAAGGG